UUUUGAGGGUAAUAUAGGCUUGCAGUCGUUGUGGUGAGUGGCGAACUCUGAAUCAGUCGUCACACCGCCGAAUAGCACAGUACUAGUUGUAGACUAGUGUCUGGUAAACACAUGCGACUUGGCGUGCAGGCCAGUUACUUAUUCAGGCGGUCACUAUAAUUGCCUCGUGUGUACCAAGCUUCUUGCUUCCAAGUCUGAGUCCACGCACCGGAACCUUUGUCAGAAAGCCAUAAUCCCAGUCUCCAUUCCAACUCAUCACCGCAGACUUUCAAAGCAUAAUGUCUUCCAAUAAAGGCGGCCCAAAUUCCUAUAACAACGGCGCUCCUCCCAAAUACCUCAACGAUUUUAGUAAAGCCCUUGCGAGCGAGGUUCGCAUCUUGCUAGCAGAGGUAGGAAAGCUUAGGGAUGAGCGCAGGCAGCUUCAAUUCGAAAUUGCCGAGCUUAUGGCCGUUAAAUCCAAACAUGGCGCAGGAGGUGAAUAUUCGCCUGAUUGGAGGCCACCACCUCAAGACCCGCCUCCACCUCCACCUCCCGCAGCUUCCCCACCUCCAGAAGAAGGCUUAAGUGGCCCCGCCCGUCCAGCCUGGAGAGUCGUCCAUAAACCAACAAAACGAGAAAGGCCAGCUCCCAAGAGUCUUCCUGCUCCGGCUCCCGUUCCUGCGAUUGAACCUCCAAAGCCAAAUCUGCCUGCAUGGGCCCAAUGGAGGCCAAAUCCUGCACACACACCAGCACCGAUGCCUGCACCUGUUUCCCCCAGGCCUGUGACGCCGGCUGCACGUCCCGGUCUUUUCGGUCCACCAACUCCCCCACCGAAGUAGAAGAAAUCGAACAAUUAUAGAUUUCAUGCAUCUAUAUCAACCGAUGUUUAUAUCCUUCAUCUACUGUCAUGCCGUUUCGUCAUCUCAAGUACUUAUCUCUGAAUUGAAUGAUGUCCAUUGGAGUGUGCA